AUUACCCUUACUUUAUUCCCCUCCCUCUUUUUCAUUUUUUUUUUUUUUGUAUGCUACCAGUAUACUCUCAUUGCAACGAGUCUUGUAUAGAUCCCAUGUUGCUUUCUUUAUCUCCAGGGUCGGACAUAGUUCCCACUACACCAACAACUACUACUACUACUAAUACCACACCUACUACUAGUAAUACUACAACAAGUCGGACAAUGGCCAAAUCAUCAUUAGGAACAACAACAGAAACUAUUCGACAUUCUAUUGUAUCUCAUUAUUCAACCACUACAGCAAGCGGUUCUACUCGACGAGAUAGUUUUGGAAGUAGCGAUGGUGAUAAAGAAGAUCUUCAAACGCGGCGGUGGUCAGCAGAGUCAGGUUCCUUAGAACACGUGCUUUCACCUUCUUCUCCCACUAGUUGUUCUUCUUCAACAUUACAACCUUCUUCUCGGUUUCUUUUAUCUGGAGCAACAAGUUCAGAAACGUUUCGACAACAGGAACUACUCCGGUUUUAUCCGUCUUCAACAACACCCUCAAGACGAAUAAAGACAUUGUCCAACCCUUUUGUCACCAUGCCAUCUCUUUCCAUACAACCACCUUUUGAAGAUUCAGCAACCACUCUUUCUGGAGAUGAUGCUUGGUGCAUGUCAGUAAAAGUAGCUUUGGAAAAUGCGAGUUGCAAGGACUGGCUUUACAAGUACGAAUUCCCUACAUUUGCAUUUGCUCGAUCUUGGAAACGACGGUACAUCAUUCUAAGUGGACAGACAGUUUAUGUCUUCAAAUCCAACAAGGCUACCAAUCCUACUCGUGAACAUUUUUUAUUGACAGACGAUACUUUGAUUUUUGUCACCGAAGAUUUCAAGAAGAAAGAAUGCGUGAUUGAAAUGCGAAAACCUUUGUACAAAUGGUAUCUGCGAUGCGAAUCUGUUACACAAAUGAAGUAUUGGUUAGAAGCCAUGAAGAAGGUCGUGGCCUGUUUGAAGCUUGGUUAUCGUGGUCCUCUUACCUCAUCUGUUUUAUCUUCUUUGGUCUUGACGGAUGAUGCUCGUUUACUGACAACCCGACAUACUUCACAACAACCAUCUUUUUUCGACAACAAGAAAACAAAACGAUCUAGUACACCAGUCACUUUUCCUUUCAACUCAUCAUCAUCAUCAAAACGACAGUCUUUAGCACAAAUCCCUCAUUGGGAAAAGACUUUACCACCACAGAUGCCUCCUCCAACCUCUUUACCACCACCACCGCCAUCAUCACCCUCCCGAUCUUCAUCUCCUACUUUUUCUCGCUCUACUACUCGUCCAUCUUCUGCCAUCUUCAGGUCUUUUGCCUCGGCUGGAACUCCUCCAACUCUAUCCACUGUAUCUGAAUCUUUAUUGGAUCUUCCUUCCUCAUCCUAAAGUUGUUAUUUUUUUUUUUUUU